AUGCAGCCAGAACACGUUGCGUCGAACAAGCGCAAGAGACGGCGAGAGACGGGGGAGGAGCGAGCGAAGGUUGAGGUUGAGGAGGAGGCCCCACAAGCAAGUGGUCAACGGGAGGCCCACCAAGACCAUUUUGUAGAGUUGGAUCAGCUACACAAUCAUAGGAGGAGGAACCAGCUUCGCGAGAAGCAGAAGCAGCUUCCCAAGAGGAACAAGGAUCCGCAUCGCAAGGAGGAGGAGGACGAGAGGGAGCAGCAGCGCAAGAAGGAGGAGGAGCAGCGCAAGGAGAAGGAGGAGCUUCGCAAGAAGGUGGAGCAGCUUCGCAAGAAGGAGCAGCUUCGCAAGAAGAGGGAGAAGCUUCGCAAGGAGAAGGAGGAGCAGCUUCGCAAGAAGGUGGAGCAGCUUCGCAAGAAGGUGGAGCAGCUUCGCAAGGAGAAGAAUGAGCAGCUUCGCAAGAAGGAGGAGGAGCUUCGCAGCAAGGAGAAGGAGCAUCUUCGCAAGGAGAAGCUUCGCAAGAAGGUGGAGAAGCUUCGCAGGGAGAACCUGGUUUUGAGGCAGAUUCCGUCAUCUGUAGAGCGAGGGAUAGCUUGGGAGGAGUCAGAGGCAGGGCUUGAUCGCAUGGGCUUUUGCGAGCAGAGAAAGUUCUUCCGCCUCGAUAGCUCGUACUUAUCGAUGGAUGCAAGCGAUGUCAGCAACCAGGAGCUCUUUCUCUACUGCCGAGAAGCCUUCACGAAGCAGCAGAGCUUCCUGAGAGAGCGAGUGCUGGAGCAAGGCGCUCUGGGCUGGAUCCAAGGGCCGCCAGGAACAGGGAAGACGACUACGACGCUAGCGUUCUGCCUGUCGCUGGACAUGAAAGAGUGGAUGGUGACUUUUCUCAGGCUGAAGCCUGUACACAUCUACUGCAUGCAAGUGGUGAACGGGAGGCGAAGAUUUUGCAAGAUCUUGUAUAGCUCUGCAGCAGAGGGGUUACGGGAGGCCUUUGCAGGGCGCGAGGGCAAGAAGCAUGUGGUAGUGCUAGAUGGUUUCCUGAGACAGCAAGAAACUCAUCAAGGCGUGUAUCGGGAGUGUCUGGUAUGGCGUGAUGCAGACCAGCAACAUCGACGACUGGCUGUUGUAACAUCGAUGUCAUCUCGGGGGAAGGUGUACACAGAGUGGGAUCAAGAAAUGAAGCUUGAGACGCAUAAGGUUGUUUCCUGGACGCUCGAUGAGUACCUGCAGGCGGUGCAGCACGACGAGCUGUAUGAGCAAGUGAAGCCCUUCUUGGAGAUGGAUGUGGAGGUAGAAUGGAUGCUAAUCACGACAUGCGAUGGGCAAGAGACGAGAGAGGAGCGGGUCGUAAGGAAGUACUAUCUCGCCGGGGGCUCAUGUCGGUUCAUGUUCCAGAGAACCGUGGCCAAUGUGAAAGAGGCAUUGGACGACGCCAUUGAGAGUGGUACGAACCUGGAGACCGUCCUCCAGGGCAACGUAGGAGAGUUUUCGCCGCAAGCCAUCAACCGGUUGAUAGCAUACGUCGAGUUUGGGAGUAAGAGAAGCUGGUUGCCAGUGAGCAAGUAUGUUGCAAGUACGCUUGCGGAGCGUACUGCAGAAUCGACUUUGAGGCAGUUGGCUCUCAGUUAUGGCUAUGGAAAUCCGGGCGUGAAGGGAAGUCUUUUCGAGAUGCUUUUCUUCAAGAAGAUGGAACAAACAGGGUUGAGUGUGACUUACCGUGGCCCGAGACAGACCGAGAGCUGGGAUCGAUGUCUUGUGGUGAAUUUCUCAUCAUUGCAAGGGAUCAAGACGCUUCCUGCGCAAAAUACGUGCUUGAGGCCCAUUAGCGCGUUUCAGGGGGGCUAUGACGCAGUGAUGGUCGACAAAGAGAAGCGGAAGGUGAUGUUUGUACAAGCAACGAUCGCACAGAAACACUCUUUCAAACUCUCUUUCUUCUUGAAGGCUCUGAAAGCGCUUAACAUCCCGGAAGGUGGGGAGUGGAAGGUGGAGGUUGUUUUCCUGAUUCCGGUUGAGGAGCUUGCAAGGUUUGAGAUCAAACCCAUCGAAGACAGCGGGGCGCUAAAGGAUUACGGAUGGAAGAGAGGAGAGGAGGCAAUGCAAGCAGAAGUAGCAGGGAUUUCUAUCUUAUAG